AUGGAAGGGCUCGCGAAUCGAACGCAAACUCACAUGCUUCCAACUCCGCAGCAAAACAUUACUGGUCCCGGACAGUAUGCAGCUAUAUCUUUACAACAGACACAACAAGAGAGGAUGCCUCCAACUUACGAAGAAGCCCAGUUAGCGGUUCAAGCGGUCGAUAUACAACAGAUUACGAACAUGGAAGCGGAAAAACAAGCUAUAUAUCGCCAUCCGCUCUUGCCUUUACUGGCUAAACUGUUCGAGAAAUGCGAGCAGUCAACUCAAACGUGCGAAUUGACUCCAGCUAACGCUUUCGACAACGAAAUAAAGAAUGGCAUUCUGCAGAUGAAUCGAGAGGGAAAGUCUUUCUACACGGAGGAUAGGGAUCUAGAUAAUUUGGUGAGCAUAGUUUUUUUAUUCUUUGUAUUCAAGUCAAAACCGUUUCCAGGCUUUAGUAUAGCAUCUUGAAAACUCUUCAUCCCUUGUUUAUCAAGUUAAGCUGUGUAUCUUCAAUAACACAGAAAUUUCGUGCCACCUCAGCUAAAGCAUUUCUUAGUCUUUAACGUGAUACCCUCGUGGAUUAAACUUAUUAAAAGAUACAUAUUUCACAAUCAGCUAACUGGAAUAAAGCCCUUGUUUUUUGCGAUCGACUGAUACUCGUGUCGUCUUCCUUCAUCGCGAUCUUUUCGUCGUUAUUAAUUGUUUUCAAUGGUACCCGUGGCGGAUUUCAAAACGGAGGGCAUCCCUCAAAUAAAGACACAGACGCCGCGUUUAUUAUUCUGCAGGUACCAUGAAAAGGUCUUUCUGUAUUGCGUUUCUUUCGGACAAAUUUUAAUCCCGAUUAUGUUAAGCUUCUUUUAAAAUAUGGCGGCCGAAAGGAAAUCCCACAUUACAGGAGCAAGAAUAAAACAUUCGAUAAAAACCAGGAUAUUUUCUCUGGUCACGUUAUAUUAACUUGCUGAUACAAAAGCUUAGUUAGUAAGUAAUGGUUUUCAAGGCUUUGUUUACAAGUAAAAGUGCAAAAUUAUUAUCCAUUUUUAAGAGGAAGAUCAGAUUCUUUUGCGGAUCAUCAGAAGAUUUCCGUUUUCCUGCCUACUUACAGCUACUUGUGCCUCGCGUGAAAUAUGCGACAUUUCCGUUGGCCAUUUCCUCGUUUAUAGUGUUGAUACUUUUAAUUACUUUACUCUUGCGAAUUUUCGUAAAAUUAAUAUUAAUACUUAGUCAAGGGUCUUAAAUUAAGAACUGACUGUAGUCUUCCUUAACAGGAUUGCGAUAAUAACAAAGCAAAAUAAUGUCUAAUAUUUACAUAAUAUGCAAAUAUGUUUUGGAAGGCAUUUAUUGUAGAUCCGUCCUUUUUUUUUUUUCUUGUAUGAUAAAUAAUCAUGAAAACUGUGUUCAGACUUGGCCUUAAUAUUUUCUUAGAAUACAAUAUCUUAUGGAAUUUCAGCGAAGUUCCAUCAACCGUGAUUCCCAUUUUAUGGAAGAAACAAUUUAUUCCAAAUUUGUUAUCAAUUUUUUAUACAGUUUAAGUACAGCGUUUGUUCUGAGCAUAGCUGCUUUUGUACCAACAGAUGAUCAAAGCAAUCCAGGUUCUCAGAAUUCAUCUGCUUGAGCUUGAAAAAGUCAAUGAACUCUGCAAAGAUUUCUGCCAACGUUACAUUGCUUGCCUGAAAGGGAAAAUGCAGAGUGAAAAUUUACUUCGCAGUCCUCUUCAAACAACUUACUCCCCUGCGGUGAAUGUCUUGAAUGCAAAUGUGCAACCACAGACACCGACAACCCCAAUUCAAGCACCCCAGCCAACAUUUAUUCCCCAGCAGCAAGUUGCUUAUUACACAGCACCUGCAGCUGUUACGCCUUGCACUGUCGCCAGCGCAACCCCGACUGUAAGUGUCAUUGGCACUCCAUUGCAACAGCAAGUCACAACAGUGGCAUAUGUUCCCCAGGGAGUAGCCCCUGGUCAACAGAUUGUCAUAGCACAAGUCCCACAACAGCUUACUCAGCAAGCAGCAGUACCCACUAGUGUAACUUAUACCACAGUACCUACGACAGUAACAUACAGCUCAGUGCCGCCCACUGUGACGUACGUGAGCACGCCAACUAUUGAGACUGUGACACCUUCUCGGCCCCAGACGCAUUCCUCAGGAGAUGAAUCUCCAACAGAAAUAACUGUUCCAUCAAGUGUUCCACUUCCUGCCCUUGACUCACCCACAGAGGUUACGGAUAAGAAAAAAACAAGAAGGGGUGUCUUACCUAAACAAGCAACAAACAUUAUGAAGACUUGGCUUUUUCAACAUCUUGUGGUAAGUGGAUGAUAAUAAAUCACUUAGGUUGUGUAUGUUUGUGGGUCAGUGCUUCUGAACAUUUUAUAUGUGUUGAGGGCUUGACUAUUUUGAGCAUUAAAUUUUUUGUCCCCCUCUGACAGGUGCGGAUCCACACCAGUUUCCACCAUUUUACAGAAAUUGGUCAGAUUUUUUGUAUUUAAUAUAAUACAUUUUUAAUACAAAAAAGCUGUUCUAGUUGAAACUGAGAGAUGAAAUAAUCCACCAAUUUGCAGUGUGAGGAGAAUGGAGGAGAAUGGAGCCAGCCAAUAAUAAUAAUUAUUAUUAUUAUCCUGUGUAAAUGACUCAGAAACCCAGGAAAGGGAGAGGAAAAAUCCAAAAAGUUUUCCCUGGGGAGCAUGCCCCCAGACCCCCUUAGAAGCUUUGGCCUUUCUCACUCAUUUCGAAAAUUGGUCAUUAUUUAUCCUAGAUCUGUGCCUGUCUGAUGAAUAUUAGGGGUAAACAAGAAAAUCAUUGGGGACAAAUAUAUAUUUAUUAAAGUUAUCUGAAUUUGUUUCUGGAACUCUUGCAUGUGAAACAAAUAACAUUAAGGCCUCGUAAUUGAAGACGUUGAUGCGUGUUCAAGGGCCUUGUUUCUCCAUGAAUAACCCUUUGAAAGUUUCUUGUAUGAUCCAAAAUGUAUGCAAACUGUCAACAUAGGUUAAACUAAAAAGUUGAUUCAACACUCUAUAAUACAUGUAGUAGUGUUUUCAGUCAUUUGAGCUUGUUUUGGGGGUUAAAAACUGGAGUAUUUCCUCUUCCAACAGUCCCUCAAUUAAUGCCCAACAGUUUGUAUGGCUUUUAACAUCCUGUGCUACUUUGGGAGCUUAUCGCCCUGGCUUUCCUGUUUUUUUUUUUGUUUGUUUUGUUUGGUUUUUUGUUUUGUUUUUUUAUUCCCUGAUGGAAAUCCUUCUUUCCUGAUGCAAAUAAAUAGCCUGGUUGAAAGCAGGGGUUAGCUUUUUUAUGCCCAAAAAGACAGUUGUUUUACACACUCAUUAAUUCUUUUUCUUUGCCAGCAUCCAUACCCCACGGAAGAUGAAAAACGAAGUAUUGCAGCUCAAACUAAUCUUACCAUUCUUCAAGUCAAUAACUGGUGAGUUGUAAGUGAGUUCUAAUAAAGCCAGUUAUUAUAAUAAUCUGCUUCUGUAUGCUGUUGUGAUUUUGCACUCUUAUCCAAAAUAAUAUUAUUAUUAUUGUUGUUGUUGUCUUUUGACCGUUAUGCUUUUUGUUAACCCUUUAAGUCCUAAUAUCCACAUACAAAUUCUCCAAACUGAUCUCCAUACAUUUCCUUGAAGAAUUAGUUGAGAGAAUUUGGUAAAAGAUCAAAUAUUUUUCUCUUUGUGAUCAUUUUGUUAAUUCUCAUAGACUUUGCUCAUGAUAGUCUGUGGAUAUUGUUAGGAGAAAAUUAAUUUUGAGCAAUACUGGUACUUCACAGUAAGGUUCAGAUCAGAUUAAGCCUUGGACAACUAGGAAAAGAACUAAGAGUACAAAGCACCUCUUUCUCCUCUCGCACCCCCACUCAAUAAAAUUAGUGUGAUUGUUAAGGUUUAAUUAAAAAAAAAAAUUCUCAUCUCUUUUUAGUGUCACUUUGUUGCAUUUUUUGUGAAAAUUUUCUGUAUUAUUGUGUAAAUAGGUUCAUUAAUGCAAGACGUCGUAUUCUUCAACCCAUGUUGGAUGCCAGUAAUCCCGAAGGACCUAAGGCUAAAAAGUCAAAAAUCCAAAGUCGCCCAGCUCAGCGUUUCUGGCCAGAAAAUUUAGUCCCUAGUCAGUUAGCAACUGUUCCCAUAGCUCCGGCUCCUGUCACUGUACAGGCGGUAAUGCAAGGUGGAGCUGUUCAAAUGCAGACAGUACCACCUGGUGCGACUGUUGCUGUACCACCAGGCGUGGCUUUACCCACAACUAUAACGAUACCAAAUGUACAAGGGACCACAGUCAUCCCAGGAACUGUUGCUAUUCAACAACAACCACAAACAGGCACACCAACCACAAUGGUGGUUGUAACAAUACCCCCGUCAGCAAGUCAGAUCAGUACAGCGUCUGCAUCUGAAAGUUCCUCAGUUGUUACAUCCCACCCGACGAUGAUGGCGUCAGCUGUGUCAUCACAAGUUGAAACAGUCCCGGUCAGUAAUCUGUCUCCCAUGUACACUAAUAUCCAGCAAGGCAGUCCAUCUCUACAGAGUUCCCCACUUCCAACCAUGGUACAAAAUGGUGGAGAAGGUAGUCUUGUGAAUUCACCCCACCACCUUCCUACGUCAAGUGUCAGCAUAGCCGGAGUCCAGGAGAACUUAGUAGGAGUUACCGCAAUUACUAUGGAUAAUGCUGUGGUCUCGAGAGGAAUAGUAAACUGAUUUUACAGGGCUUUGUUUGUGAUUUACAUAGCUGUCAACUGCAAAAGUUUUGUUCCGUAAUAAUUAUAUUAACUCUUUCACUCCGUGUUGUGGUGUAUCACUGUCUGCUUAAAUGGCUCAUACAGUGAAAAGCUUAGUGAUAACCAACCAUAGUCAAUGCAACAGUCAAUAAUGUUAUUUGAAUAUUGGAAAAUUGAAUCCUUUUGUCAUUGCCUGUACUACCAUUGAACUCAAAUCUUCAUUCUGGCAUGCACAAUAAACUGUUAAGUUGGGACUAUUUUAUGUAUUUGGUCAGUUUGAAAAAUCUUUCUAUUCAGAUGUCUGAGUGAAUAAAGUUUGUCUGAAGACAUUUAUAUUAAAUUUAAGAAGAAAAUUGAGCUUGCUGGUUGAAAUAAUAUCUCUCAUGUGAAUUUACUUCUCACUACCCAUGCGGGAAUGCCAGAAAGAAUCUUGUAACAGUAACAACCAACAGAUUCAAUUUUCAAAUAUUCAGUUCAGUAGUUGGGUUUAUGGGAUGCACUUGAGCUGGCGUGACUGUGAUAUUUAUAUUCUUUAACAAUUACUCUUCAUUUAGCAAGAUGAUGAAAAUUCAAUGUUAUUAUGCUUCUUUGCUUUACUCAGUUCACAGUUUGACAAAGCUGACUAAAGUGUCCUUUGGAACCAUGCCAAAAUAAAUAAACUUAACAUUAAAAGAGGAAACAUUAUGCAAGAAAUUCUUCAUUCUUAAGGGAAAAAGGGAGAUGUCAAGUGUUCCCUAGGGUAUCUUACUCAUAAGGUACUGAUAGCUUUGAAUCUAAAAAUUUACUUUGUUGGUUGUUAAUGAGGCCCACAGGGCUUGAGGUGUGUUUGCUGUAUUUUUGUGGCAGUUAAAUUUUUGUUAAUGUUGAUUCUUAAAUUAUGAAAGGCAUCUUUCAACAUAGGUUCCUGAUUUACUUUAUCUCACUAAUUACAAUAUUACAAUUUUUUGUCUCUUAAUAAACGUGUUUGUGGUCUGUUCAACUAUGAAUAAUUAUAUGCAAGUUAUUUUCCUAUGGCCAGAGUGCAAAGCACACAGGCCUUGAAUCCAAAAGGAAUAUUCUGAGACUUGUAGUAUGGAUCAACAAAACGAGUUAAGUAAAGUACUUCUUACAUCUCUUAGUGUUUUGAACAGGUAUGAAAGGACUCUUGCAGGUUGUAGUAACGUAAAAUGCAGACAACCACAUUUAUCGUCCAUGUUGCAUGCACUGAGAGAUGUAACAAAGGUUGGGAGAGUUUUUCCCAUUCCCCCAAAAAGUAUCUUCAAUUGAGUUGACAA